AGGGCAGAGUUCCUUACACACAAGCCAACACAUUCAGGAACCUUGGGUUCUCCCAUUCCCCGUAUAUAAGCCGACAUACCUCGGGGCUUUUUCUCGGAAGCCGAGGGCCGAAUGGACUUCUUUGUAUUUUGGCGGUACGCUGUGUCUGCUUGAAUCGCAUCUUCUGAGGCAGAACGCGAAUGUGGGCUUCAGCAUGCGCGUGUUUUCGCAGAGGGCGUGCCAUUGUGCGAUGAGCUCCAUUUUUCUUGCUCUCUGUGAGUAGUCCUCGGUUUUCUUCCGAACUUUCCCCACUCUUUUGAGGCCGCGAAAACUCCGCUUUCUUGCUAUCACAAUGGCGAAGCGCACGAAGAAGGUCGGAGUCGUCGGCAAAUACGGCACUCGCUACGGCGCUUCCCUCAGGAAGCAGGUGAAGAAGAUCGAGCUGCAACAGCAUGCCAAGUACUCCUGCCCCUUCUGUGGAAAGAUGGCGACGAAGCGACAAGCAGUGGGCAUUUGGAAAUGCCGCGGGUGCUCGAAAGUGAUGACUGGAGGAGCGUGGACGCUUCAGACGGCCGCUGCCGCCACUGUGCGCUCGACCGUCGCUCGUCUGCGCAAGCAGGCAGGUGAGGCGCAGGCGGCCUAGGGGAUGGUUUCAGCUCUUUCGGUCGAGGAGGCGCGUUCCGCGAGCUCGCGUUUCUGUUCGUGUGUCGCCUCCCAGACGGCGACGGAACGCAGAGGUCGAGCGAAAGAGCGGGGGAAAAAAGAGUCGCCUGAAGCCUGCAAACUCGCAAGUGCCUGCUUUGUUUCGUCUCUCACCUGAUGGUUAAACUCGCGUCUCUUCUUAACUCGUCGCUUCUUCUCGAACUCCGACACAAAGCAAGCCGACAGUCGCGCUGACGCUCCAUGCAGACACUCGAAAAUACCCGCCUCCUCACGUAGUGACCUUCAGAACUGCGUUGAAAUACACAGUCCUGCAUACACGCGAUGAGAGAGUGACAGGAAGAAGUCGCUCCGCCCGUCGAGGAUUCGGAGGAGCUGAAUCUUGCCGUGGCAGGUACCGGUGUGUGUGUGUGUGUGUGCCAAAAAGCCAAAUACGUGAGAAAAUGUGCAGGUACAUAUAUAUAUAUAUAUAUAUAUAAAUAUAUAUGUAUAUAGAUAGUUAGAGAGAUACAGACACAUGCAGAUAUGAAAAAGGAUGGAGGC